AUGUCACAAGUUGUGAAGAUGACUCGGAUUUUGUCUGUGUUUAAAACAGCCAAGGCAGGGGUUCUCAAUGCAGCAGCCCAUCGUUACCAGGGCUUUUCCAAAGCCGGGGUUCGGCUUAUGAGUGUCAAGGCACAGACUGCUAAUUUAGUGCUUGAAGAUGGUACAAAAAUCAAAGGAUACUCUUUUGGGCACCCCGCAUCAGUUGCCGGUGAAGUCAUCUUUAACACUGGAUUGGGCGGAUAUGUAGAAGCUGUAACAGAUCCAGGCUAUCGUGGUCAGAUUCUCACACUUACUAACCCAAUAAUUGGAAAUGGCGGUGCACCCGACACCAAGGCCCGAGAUGCGUAUGGCCUCAUGAAAUACAUUGAGUCUGAGAAUAUUCAGCUAUCUGGUCUGCUGGUGCUCGAUUACAGUCAUGAGCACAGUCACUGGGGGGCAGUCAAGUCGCUAUCUGAAUGGCUGCAUGAAGAAAAGGUUCCUGCACUGUGUGGGAUUGAUACCAGAAUGCUUGCAAAAAAGAUCAGAGAUAAGGGAACUGUACUGGGUAAAAUCGAAUUUGAAGGGCAGCCAGUGGAAUUUGUUGACCCAAACAAAAGAAACCUGAUCGCAGAAGUGUCUACAAAGGAAGCCAAAGUAUUUGGCAAAGGGAAUUCUGUCAGAAUUGUGGCAGUGGACUGUGGAGUAAAGCACAACAUCAUCCGUCAGUUGGUAAAGCGAGGGGCAGAGGUAAACCUUGUCCCUUGGAAUCAUGACUUCUCUAAGAUGGAAUAUGAUGGUCUCCUAAUUACAAGUGGCCCUGGAAACCCAGAGCUAGCAAAGCCUCUAAUACAAAACCUCAGGAAGGUCUUCCAGAGCGACCGCCCUGAGCCUGUGUUUGGUAUCUGUAAGGGGAAUGAAAUUGCUGCUUUGGCAGCUGGUGGCAAGACAUACAGGCUGCCUAUGGCUAACAGAGGGCAAAACCAACCUGUUAUGAACACCUUGAAUGGACAAGCUUUCAUUACUGCUCAGAACCAUGCCUAUGGAGUGGAUAGCAAUUCCCUACCUGCAGGCUGGAAACCACUUUUUACAAAUAUCAAUGACCAGAGCAAUGAGGGGAUUAUGCAUGAGACCAAACCAAUCUUCACUGCACAAUUCCACCCUGAGGCCAACCCCGGGCCUGUUGACACAGAGUUUCUAUUUGAUGUCUUCAUGUCACUGAUAAAGAAGGGUAAAGGUACCACCCUGACAUCUGUAAUGCCCAAACCGGGUCUGCAGUCAAAGCGGAUUGAUGUAGCUAAAGUCCUCAUCCUGGGCUCUGGAGGUCUCUCUAUUGGACAAGCAGGGGAGUUUGAUUAUUCUGGGUCACAGGCAGUUAAAGAAAUGAAAGAAGAAAAUGUGAAAACAGUUCUUAUGAACCCCAACAUUGCCUCAGUCCAGACUAACGAGGUGGGCCUCAAGCAAGCUGACACAGUCUACUUCCUGCCUAUCACACCACAGUUUGUCACUGAAGUCAUUAAGACAGAAAGACCUGAUGGAAUUAUCCUGGGAAUGGGUGGUCAGACUGCUCUGAACUGCGGCGUGGAGCUUUUCAAACGAGGGGUACUCAAGGAAUAUGGAGUGCAAGUUUUGGGCACCUCGGUGGAGUCCAUCAUGUUUACAGAAGACAGGCAGCUCUUCUCCGACAAGCUGAAUGAAAUUAAUGAACCCAUUGCUCCUAGCUUUGCUGUGGAAUCGGUGAAAGAUGCUUUGGAAGCAGCUGAUAAAAUUAACUAUCCUGUCAUGAUUCGAUCAGCUUAUGCCUUAGGUGGUCUGGGGUCAGGCCUUUGUCCUGAUAAGGAAACACUUAUAGACCUGGCAACAAAGGCUUUGGCAAUGACCAAUCAGAUCUUGGUGGAACGUUCAGUUGUAGGCUGGAAAGAGAUUGAGUAUGAAGUAGUCAGAGAUGCAGCAGAUAACUGUGUUACCGUGUGCAACAUGGAAAAUGUUGAUGCUAUGGGGGUCCACACAGGGGACUCUAUUGUUGUGGCUCCCUGUCAGACUUUGUCCAAUGAGGAGUGCCAGAUGCUGAGAGCCACCUCCAUCAAAGUUGUACGACACUUGGGUAUUGUUGGAGAAUGUAAUAUACAGUUUGCUCUUCAUCCAACCUCACUGGAGUAUGUCAUCAUUGAAGUUAAUGCUCGACUCUCCCGUAGUUCGGCUUUGGCAUCCAAAGCCACUGGCUACCCUCUGGCUUUCAUUGCUGCCAAAAUUGCUUUGGGAAUACCUCUGCCAGAAAUUAAAAAUGUUGUGUCAGGGAAAACCACUGCCUGCUUUGAGCCCAGUCUAGACUACAUGGUGACCAAGAUACCUCGCUUCGAUUUGGACCGUUUCCAUGGUGCUUCAGGAUUAAUUGGCAGCUCAAUGAAAAGUGUAGGAGAGGUCAUGGCCAUUGGUCGAACCUUUGAGGAAAGCUUUCAGAAAGCCCUGAGAAUGUGUCACCCAUCAGUAGAUGGCUUUACAGCAAACCUUCCAAUGAACAAAACAUGGCCAGCAGAUACCAACCUGAGGAAAGAGAUGGCUGAACCCACCAGCACCCGUAUGUACAGCAUGGCCAAGGCAAUAGAAAGUGGAAUUCCCUUAGAUGAAAUCUACAAACUGACAGCUAUUGAUAAGUGGUUCCUGUACAAGAUGCGAGGAAUCCUCAACAUGGAGAAGACCCUGAGAGGAAGCAGAAGCGCCAUGGAAACAAGGGCACCUGGCCGCCGACAUAGCUCGUCCUCGGGGCAGCUACAGCCUGCGACUACUCAACUCCUCACCACUCGGCCAUCCGCCUCCCCCCCUUCAGCGCUGUCCUUGGAUUCCGAAGAGAAACUGUCCGCUGAAGCCUGCGGGCGGGGCCGGGGGAAGGCGGCGCAGGAGGGAGCGAUGGCUGCUGUCAGGAUGGCCGAGCGUAGUGAUCUCCUAUUCCUGUGCAAGCAGAUGUAUGAACAGGUGGCAGAGAUGGUAGAAUUGUGGAUAGUGGACAAAACCGCCUCCUCUGAUUUACUGCAAGAGUACAAAUAA